GUCGCAAUCGCCGCUCUCCUGCGCGCCGCACGUUAAGGAAGGAGGCUCGGGCCCGGCCUGGCCCCUCCCGCCGCCUCCGCCACCGCCCGCUCGCGCCGCCAUAGGUUCAUCUUGCCCAUAAUCCAUGUGAAGACCUGUUGGAAACACCUUCUAGAAACAUAAUCAUAUUCAGUCUCCUAAUAAUUCUGUUGUGUCCAAGAAGAGCCUGUCCAAAUGAGCAAGACAUCCCAACACAACACCAGUACAGAUGCGAAUGGAGUAAGCGUGAUUCACACCCAAGCACACACCAGUGGUUUGCAGCAGGUUCCCCAGCUGGUGCCUGUUAGUCCUGGUGGUGGAGGUAAAGCUGUGCCUCCAAGCAAACAGGGAAAGAAAAAUUCCUUUGUGGACAGGAACAGUGAUGAGUAUCGUAAGCGCAGAGAGCGAAACAACAUGGCAGUGAAAAAGAGCCGGUUAAAAAGCAAGCAGAAAGCACAAGACACGCUGCAAAGGGUCAACCAGCUCAAAGAAGAAAAUGAACGUUUAGAGGCAAAAAUUAAGCUCCUGACCAAGGAGCUGAGCGUACUGAAAGACUUGUUCCUCGAGCACGCACACAGCCUUGCAGACAAUGUGCAACCUGUUGGCACUGAAACCACCACAACAAAUCCUGAAAACGAUGGGCAGUAAACACUGUUGCAACAUUAUGAAAUGAACUCUCGAGGUGCAGCUUGUCUGCAAUGCCCAUGCAGUAACCAGGCAAAAACUCCAUUCUUUUACCUAUCAUUUUGUGGCGAUUUUCUUCUUUUUAGGUUUAACACUGAAGGUUUGACACAAUUAAACCAGAAACUGCUUAUGGUAUUCAUUUUGAAGUAAUUUUCUCCUUUAAAAGAUGUAUCUGAUAAAUGCAGAUCUAAAUUCAUAGCCAACAAGGAGCUUAGUAUUAGGGAAAUAGCAUUUUCACAGAAAUGUUCACUUACCUUCUUAUAGUUUGCAUAAUGGGAGGAAUCCAGCAGGAUGGUUCACUGUAGUAUCCAGGAACUCAUAAUUGGAUAAAAUGUCUUUUAAAUACCUUUAAGUAAGUGUAUUUAGGACCUUUGUUUUCCCCAUUACAUAUUACAGAACUGCAAAGGCCGUGGAGGGUGUUUGGUUUCCUACGUGGUGGACAACUUUAAAUCUGUAAAGCAAGUCCUAUAAAGCACCACUUGGUCUUUCCUGCCCUCUUAUAGUUAAUGGGGAGGGUGUGUACUAAUAGUGAGCUGAGACGCUGAUGUUUUCUAGAAAAAUAGCACUAUAUUAUGAUGAUAUAUACAGGCAGUUGGCUUCUAAAUGGCAAGUGGGUCUGAAGCAUCAUGUAUAAGAGGUAAAGCAGCAGUGUAACAAAGCCUAAUUCUAAGCCUGUGUUCACAUUGCUCACACACUGACUGGGGCCUUAUGAGAACAAGAUUCUGGUUUUCACAAAAUGUCAAAAUGCUACCAGAAAACUGUGCUCUGCAAAAUUGCAUUCUUGCUGGGGUGCAGGUAUUGGGAAGAACAAAAUGUGUGGCUUGGAUAAGAAAUGAAAGGGGUAAGAUAGCAUCUGUUCAGCCGGAAUGGAUCACUGCUUGUUGACAUUCAUCUCCACUUUCAUAGCUGCUCAGAUUUACAACUAAAAUCUUGUAUUUGGAGUGGUUUUAAAACUAAACGGCCCUAGUUUAAAGAACUGAUUCAGUGGAAUUCCUAUAGCCAUCAUACAGUUGUGUGAAGGAGUAUCUUCAGUCUUGUUUUAUUUUCAUAAAAGUUUUUCUAUAGCAACUUUUUUAAUGCUAGUGCUAGGUCUUUGCCAUGAUCCAUAAUGCAGUGGUAUGUUCCAUAUUGAGGAUCUGAAGAAUACAGGUAAAGCAGGAACUUUGAUGUAACCUUAAUUUAUUUUCAUUUUAAAGUAUUUCAUUGAUGGUAUGGUUGUGUUACAUUUAACCUGUGUGUCUGGCUAGUGGAUUAUUACACUGUCUUAAUUUCCCUCCUACACUACCUUUUUCUAGAGAUUAUUUUGUAGGACGCUUGUUUGCCUUGUAUCUGUACUUAGGAAGAGAAUUUGGAUAUUAUCUCCAUAAAGAUGCUGUUAGAAAACAAAACCUUGACAAUUUUAUUUUGAAUUUAAACUUUUAAUACAUGUGGAAAACUUUUAUGGAUUGUUUGGUAGUCUUUUUACAAAGAUACAUUUGUUUGUUUGUUUGUUUGUUGUUUCUAGCUGCAGCUUAAGUAGGUAGGGCUGAAAUAUCAGAAGCUAAUAAAACCCUUUUGCUUCAA